AUGUCCGGGUCGCUGCUGUGGGCGGUGGAUGUGUACGGGCGGGUGUUCAGUCUUCCGGCCGCUAGAGGGCGCUGGAGCCGCGCUGCUGAUAUAGUGCUGGAGCUGAAGCGUGUGACGGGCUCUCAUCAGUGCUGCUGGGGCAUCGGCUGCGACCAUCACGUCUAUCUCCAUGUGUAUCCCAGUCAAGUGCCUAUACGCCACCAGGAAGAGACCUACGAAAACCAGAGGUGGAACCCAGUUGAGGGUUUCACAGACACACUCCUCCCGACAGACCGCUGGCAGUGGACGGAUGAGUCCGGCUCCAUCCCACAGCCCCUUCACAGCUUUGAGCUGCCGUCUGCUAACUGGGAGUGGGAGGGCGACUGGUACGUGGAUGAUGAAAGCUGUGGGAGGGAAUCCACUGAGACUGGGGGCUGGGAGUACGCGGUGGACUUCCCUGCAGCCUUCAGCAAAGACAAGAAGUGGAAUUCAUGUGUCCGUCGCAGGCGAUGGCUUCGCUACAGGAGAUAUAAAGCACUGGGAUCAUGGGCCAAGGUGCCUUUGGACCGGGGCAGGUCUCCGCCCGAGCCCUUCGUCGACCUCAGCUGUGGAGGCUGGGACAUGAGCGACGGCCCUGAGAAGCACAUUCACCUGUGGGCCGUGUCCCAACAAGGGAAGCUGUGGUCCCGCACAGGCAUCAGCCAGCAGAACCCGGAGGGGACACGAUGGGAGCCCGUCCAGGUUCCCCGAGAGGUGGCACAGGUCAGCGCCGGCCCGAAAGACCUGCUUUGGGUCGUUCUCUGGGACGGACAAAUGCUGGCCAGGACGGGCAUCAGUAAAGACUGUCCUAAAGGCUCAUCGUGGGAUCUAGUUGAGUCUCCAAGUCAGAAAGGAGCCGUUCAUGUUGCCGUGGGCAUCGCUGUCGUUUGGGCCGUUACUAAGGACAACAAAGUCUGGUUCAGGAGGGGUGUGAAUUCCCACAAUCCCACUGGCUCAGGCUGGAUCAGCAUUGGUGGAGAGAUGGUGAUGCUCAGCGUGGGGCCCAAUGACCAGGUUUGGGGUGUUGGCAGCGAUGACCGGACCGUGUAUUUUCGUCAUGGCGUGACAGGCACAGAGGUCACCGGAAGGUCAUGGGUCGCAGUGUCGGCUCAGCUUGAUAGCAGCAAAAGCAUAAAUCAUUCCAGUGUCCAUGCGCACGGUGAUGCCGGUGUGUUCGGUGGUGAUGUCACCGCUCCUUCCCAGGGAUCCGUUCUGGGCUGUGAUGACACGGACAUCCCGAAGCCACGUGUUCCCAAGAUCACGAGUGACAGCUUUAUCUCUGCGCUGGUGUCGGAUCGCUCCGCUCCACUACACGACCCAACAGUGCCUCCCGAUGUACCUGAGGGAGACCAGGUGACCGGCCCAGAGUCCGGUUCCUCUGUCCCGACCCCGACGCCAUGGAGCAAUGUAGACCUGGAGGAGAUGAAGGCCUCGGUUCCCAGGAGCUCAGUGGCCACGUAUCCCAUCGAGCUGCAGCACAACACGGUAGAGCAGGAGGACACGCCGCCCUGGGCCUGGGUAACCGGUGGAGGAUGUGACAUCCAUUCCAGAUCACAUGUCGACUGGUUUAACACCUCAGAUACCGGGCCGCUCUCUCCAGCCAUCACCCCUGCCCUCGGUGCUCCACACACAGAACCAGGAGCCGCCGGAGAGAAGUCCGUGCGUGUGACGACAGGUCGCAUGUGUUGGUGGAGGGACUGGGCUCCUCAUGAGUGGGAGGACGUGAGCGUGACGCUGGAGCAGGUCACCGGUGCCGGAGCUCAGACAGGAGACAUACUUUACCUCCACUACACUCAGCACCUGGACAAGAAGUAUCUGCAUGCUGUGAUGAAGGAGGUGACGGCCCUGGUGCCCGUGUUGAGGGACUCUCUGUACACUAUGGCGGUGUACACCGCAGAGAGGACCAGGCACAGGAGCCCCAUCUUACUGGCAACUCCGUCGCAGCAGGACUUCAGCACUUGGCUGUCUCUGCUGAACGAGUCGUGUUGUGAGUCCAGGGGUCUCGGAGACCAUCCAUCCAAGCAGGCGCUGUGGGCUGUGACAUGUAAAGGUGAUGUCAUGGUGCAUGAGCCAUCACCCAGCCUGGAGGCGCCGGCGCAGUACUUGCCCUGCGAUCACAUGUUCUGGCGUCAGGUUCCUGCUCAUCUGCUGUGUGUGGAGUCUAGCAGUCUGGGUGUGGUGUGGGGCAUCGGUCACGAUCACACAGCCUGGGUCUACACAGGGGCCGGCAGGGGACCAUCGGCUCCGGGGAAUGAAGUAAGUGAUGUGAGGAGCGUGUGCAUCUAUGAGAACCAGCGCUGGAACCCCAUGACAGGAUACACAGACAAGGGUCUUCCCACUGACCGCUACAUGUGGAGCGACUCGUCGGGUCUGAGAGAGUGCACUAAAGACAACACCAGCACCCCCUCGCCACAGUGGACAUGGGUCUCUGAUUGGGCCGUAGACUACAGUGUCCCGGGAGGGACAGAUAAAGAGGGCUGGCAGUACGCUGCAGAUUUCCCUGUGACCUUUCACGGUUAUAAGACAAUAAAGGAUUUUGUGCGGCGCAGAAGGUGGGCUCGGAGGUGUGAGAUCAGCCUCACGGGCCCCUGGCAGAAGGUCCCGCCGAUCCCCCUGACUGACGUCACCGUCCUGCCGUGUCUGGCUCAGAGCGGCCUGGAGCAGAUUCCAGUGUGGGCCAUCAGUGAGAAGGGGGAUGUGCUGUGCCGGCUGGGGGUCACUGCAGAGAACCCGGCUGGCGACUCCUGGCUCCACGUCGGGACAGACCAGCCCUUCAAGUCCAUCUGUAUAGGAGGAGGACACCAGGUGUGGGCCAUCGCCAGGGACGGGGCCGUCUUCUACCGGGGCUCUGUGUCUGCGCUCAAUCCGGCUGGCGAGUGCUGGUACCACAUCCCGUCUCCGCCGAGGCAGAUGCUCAAACAGGUGUCUGUGGGCAGGACCUCCGUCUAUGCUGUGGAUGAAAACAGUAAUCUGUGGUACAGACAGGGUUUGACACCCAGCUAUCCUCAGGGUUCUGCAUGGGAACUCAUCUCCAGUAAUGUGUGCAAGGUGUCCGUGGGACCACUGGACCAGGUUUGGAUAAUUGCUGAUAAAGUGGCAGGUUAUCCAUUAGAAAGCUCAGGAACUGUGUGCCACAGACUGGGAGUGAAGCCCAUGCAGCCGAAAGGCCUGAGCUGGGACUUCGGUAUCGGGGGCGGCUGGGACCACCUGUCGGUGAGAGGGAACUCUUUAGAGGCGCAGCGUGUGGCACUGCGCAGUCCAAUGCCCAGCCGGACUCAGAGUCAGGUGAACGGGAAUGCUGUGAGCUGCUAGUCAUUCUGCUGCUACUCACACAAUACCACCAUCAUCAUCACCUUCAUCAUGCUUGACUGCACGUCCCAGCUUGCUGUUCUUGACACCCUUCCUGUCUCUGCCCAGUGCCCUUCCAACCAAAUGGGACUUUUUUUCUUCUUCUUUUGAUUCCACUUGCCUGAAUAACAAACUCUCACCUCUGUGAAAACAAGCUUCUGGGUGUGACUGAACUUCUUUUGAUUUCUGUACAUGUAUGAUUUGAAUCACCUGAGGUCAAUUUGUUUUGCGCAUGGCACAUUUUCUUGUUGCCGUAUUUGUUUCUGUACUCGGUAGACGCCCAUUUUAUGUUAUUGGUUU